UUGACUCUUCCCUGUCUAUAAAAGUGUGCUAAUCAUCAAUACAUCUUACAUUACCACCAUGGAAGAUCAGCCUAAGAAGUUUCUUCAUAUAACUGUUUUUCCAUGGCUUGCUUUUGGUCAUAUAAUUCCAUCCUUUCAUCUUUCUAAACUCAUUGCUCAAAAGGGUCAUAAAAUUUCAUUCAUUUCCACACCUAGAAACAUCAAACGCCUCCCUCAACUUCCUCCUACUUUACAGCCUUUCAUCAAUUUUGUAGAACUUCCACUUCCACAUAUAGAUCAACUACCCGAAAAUGCAGAAGCCACUAUGGACAUUCCAACACAUAUCGUUCCAUAUCUCAAGAAAGCAUUUGAUGGUCUUCAACAACCUUUGACAGAAAUUUUGGAAACAUCCACUCCUGAUUGUAUCAUAUAUGACUUUGCACCUUAUUGGCUACCACCAAUAUUAUCAAAGCUUGGCGUCUUAAGCAUCUAUUUCUCGAUUUUUAGUGCAUUUGGUUUUUCUCGAUUUUUAGAGCAUUUGGUAGUUCAGAAGUCAAGUGAGGAGGACCAGAUUAUUUCUCAUGUCCACUAUGAACAAAAUGAAUCUGGUGUUUCAGAUUUGUUUAGGGUGAAAGAAACUCUUUUUGGUGCUAAUUUUAUUGCUGCAAGAAGUUGCAUGGAGAUCGAAGGUGAGUCUUUAAAAUCCCUUCAAAACCAAUCCAAGAAAAAAGUUAUACCAGUUGGAUUAUUGCCACCUUCACUAGAAUUCAGUGAAGAUAAAGAGGAUGAAAAUUGGGAUACAAUCCUAAAGUGGUUGGAUAAACAGGAAAAACAGUCAGUGGUUUAUGUUGCAUUUGGAAGUGAAGUGAUAUUAAGUGAUGAAGAAUUUACUGAGAUAGCUAAAGGAUUGGAAAUAUCUAGUUUUCCCUUUCUUUGGAUUUUGAAGAAGCAAGAUAAACAUGAUUUGCUUGUUGAAAAUGACUCAAAUAAGAAUGGAUUGAUUUGGAAUAAUUGGGCACCACAGUUGAGAAUCUUAGCACAUGAGUCAAUUGGAGGAUUCUUGACACAUUGUGGUUGGAGUUCAGUGAUUGAGAGUCUUCAAGUUGGAUGUCCACUUAUUAUGUUACCUUUCCAUAAUGAACAAGGUUUAGUUGCUAGCCUUAUGGAAGGAAAAAUGGUAGGGGUAAAGGUAGAGAGAAAUGAUGAGAAAUUCAAUAGGGAUUCAGUGGCUAAAGCAUUGAGAUUGGUGAUGGUGGAGGAGGAAGGAAAGGGUUAUAGAAGUAAAGCAAAAGAGAUGAGAAAGAUAGUUGGAGAUAUGGAGCUGCACCAAAAAUAUAUAGAUGACUUUGUUGAUUAUGUGGAAUUGCACAUCCCUGCCUCUAAGCAUUAAGCUUAAGAUGUGUUUUUUUUUUUUUGGUUUGAGUUUCCUUUUCUCUUUCCUUUGCUCAAGUUUCUGUCUUAAACAGUGUCUAGGAGAGAAUCAUAGAUACAAAGGUUUAUUUGUUUGUUGUGUCAGUGCUGUAUACAAAGGUUUAUUUGUUUGUUUGUUGUGUCAGUGCUGUAGUUUUUAACUAGGUUCAAGGUACUGGAAGCCUUAAAAUUGAAAUGAAAGGUUGAGAUUUUUAUUAACUUCUUAUUUGUAUGAUUUUGAAGCUUUACAAUGUCAUAGUUUAGGUGUUGGCAUUUAAUGUCUCUUUUUGUUGGUCAGCUACACGUUUUAGCUAAUUGUUUUGUUAAUUGGUCGUCUUGCAUUUCAAGGUUUUUUUUUUUAUAGAGGCUUCGGUGUUCUUUGGGCUGGCAACACCUGCACAAAUUGAUUGAGUGUAUCCUCCUCAUUUUGUUGCUUUGUCUUGUGGAGGUGCUUGUGUGUAGUUUUAGUUAAGAGUCUACUUUUAUUGCUUUAAGAUUAUGCACAUUUAAUGAACAAAUUAGUGUAUAAAAUUCUUCUCUAUACUUUGUUAUCAUCAAAACUUAAGGAUUGUAGUGUAAUUCGGAAGUGCAUUUUCAAAAACACCUUUUUUCAGAUUUUAGUGUAAUUCGGAAGUGCAUUUCCGAAUUAUGCAGAAGUCUCUUUUUUUUUAUGGUUUUUCUAAUAGUCCCGUACGAAAGAUAUAUUGCACGUAUAAUAUAUACAAAACGAAAAAAACGAACAAAACAAACGACAUAUCAACGUAAAAUACGAAUAUA